ACUGCGACCCAGCAGGAUCCAGUUUUCUUGCUGAAAACUGCAGUGAGACGCCCCCUUGCCAGCCAGGUUGAAUUUGCUUAGUGCCCUCUGGCAUUGAUCUGCAGGUGUACUUUUGGGGCUUCCAGAAAAGAGGUAAUUAAAUGUGUGUCUUGUGGACCUGGGCUUGGUUGGAAUGCUCAAGUGUCCUGAAGAUCCUUCUAUAGCUUCCUUCUGUUGAAUCUAUUAAGAGAAGAUGGCAAAAGUCAACAUAACUAGAGACCUCAUCCGUAGGCAGAUCAAGGAGCGGGGUGCCCUGAGCUUUGAGCGGCGCUACCAUGUCACUGACCCCUUUAUCAGACGGCUGGGCCUGGAAGCAGAGCUGCAGGGUCACUCAGGAUGUGUCAACUGUCUGGAGUGGAAUGAGAAAGGAGACUUGCUGGCCUCUGGUUCUGAUGACCAGCACACGAUUGUGUGGGACCCGCUGCACCACAAGAAGCUGCUCUCCAUGCACACAGGACACACUGCAAAUAUCUUUUCUGUCAAGUUCCUUCCUCACGCUGGGGACCGAAUCUUGAUCACAGGGGCAGCUGACUCCAAGGUGCAUGUCCACGACCUGACAGUAAAGGAGACGAUCCACAUGUUUGGAGACCACACCAACCGGGUGAAACGCAUCGCCACGGCACCCAUGUGGCCCAACACGUUCUGGAGUGCCGCUGAGGAUGGGCUCAUCCGCCAGUAUGACCUUCGGGAGAACAGCAAACACUCAGAGGUGCUGAUUGACCUGACGGAGUACUGUGGCCAGCUGGUGGAGGCCAAGUGCCUCACUGUCAACCCCCAGGACAACAACUGCCUGGCAGUAGGGGCCAGCGGGCCCUUCGUGAGGCUCUACGACAUUCGCAUGAUCCAUAACCACAGGUAUGAACAGCAUGGCCUCCAGUGGGCAAGUCCCUGCGAGCCUGCAGCCCCUUCCCCUCACUGUCAUGCCCUCUUCUUUUUAGCAGGUCACCUGCCAGUGAAGCUGCCUGACUACAACAACCGUCUGAGAGUGCUGGUUGCCACUUAUGUAACCUUCAGCCCCAAUGGCACAGAGCUGCUGGUCAACAUGGGAGGAGAGCAGGUCUAUUUGUUUGACCUGACUUACAAGCAGCGGCCAUACACCUUCCUCUUGCCUAGAAAAUGCCACUCCUCAGGGGAAGUUCAGAAUGGCAAGAUGUCUACCAAUGGUGUGUCCAACGGCGUGUCCAAUGGCCUGCACCUUCACAGCAAUGGCUUCCGGCUCCCGGAGAGUAGGGCACAUGUCAGCCCCCAGGUAGAGCUGCCCCCAUACCUGGAGCGCGUGAAACAGCAAGCCAAUGAGGCUUUUGCCUGCCAGCAGUGGACCCAGGCCAUUCAGCUUUACAGCAAGGCCGUGCAGAGGGCUCCUCACAACGCCAUGCUCUACGGGAACCGAGCUGCUGCCUACAUGAAGCGCAAGUGGGAUGGUGACCACUAUGAUGCUCUGAGGGACUGCCUCAAGGCCAUCUCCCUAAAUCCAUGCCACCUGAAGGCACACUUCCGCCUGGCCCGAUGCCUCUUUGAGCUCAAGUACGUGGCUGAGGCCCUGGAGUGCUUGGAUGAUUUCAAAGGGAAGUUCCCAGAGCAGGCCCACAGCAGCGCUUGUGAUGCAUUGGGACGUGACAUCACGGCUGCCCUCUUCUCCAAAAAUGAUGGUGAGGAGAAGAAGGGAGCUGGUGGUGGUGGCGGUGGCGGCGGCCCCGUCCGCCUCCGCAGCACGAGCCGCAAGGACUCCAUCUCAGAGGAUGAGAUGGUGCUGCGGGAGCGAAGCUACGACUACCAGUUUCGCUACUGUGGCCACUGCAACACCACCACGGAUAUCAAGGAGGCCAACUUCUUUGGCAGCAACGCUCAGUACAUCGUCAGUGGCUCUGACGAUGGCUCCUUCUUCAUCUGGGAAAAGGAGACCACCAACCUGGUCCGCGUGCUCCAGGGGGACGAGUCCAUCGUCAACUGCCUGCAGCCACACCCCAGCUACUGCUUCCUGGCCACCAGCGGCAUUGACCCUGUUGUGCGGCUAUGGAACCCCCGGCCAGAGAGUGAAGACCUCACAGGCCGCGUUGUGGAGGACAUGGAAGGCGCGUCCCAGGCCAACCAGCGGCGCAUGAACGCGGACCCACUGGAGGUGAUGCUGCUCAACAUGGGCUACCGGAUCACGGGCCUGAGCAGUGGGGGCGCCGGGGCCUCGGACGAUGAGGACAGCUCCGAGGGCCAGGUGCAGUGCCGGCCCAGCUAGAGCCUCCCGGCCUUGGCCCAGCCCCUGCUGUUGCUGGAUCCUCGCCCGGGCAGGAGGUCAGGGGGUUCUGUUUUGGUUUGUCUUCCCCUUCCCUCCAUUUUUUCAUUUUCCCUGUUUUGUUUGUUAGUUUGGCAUUGGGGUGGGGGUUGCUACAACUUGCUGGCUUUCGGACUUUUGGGCAGAUUGCCCCUUGACUGGCCCCAGCCCUGAGCAGCAGAGCAGGAGGGGAAGCUCCUCCAUAUGCCCCCCACCUCCCACUUCCCUGUCCCUGGAGGGCACUGGCCUGUGUCAGGUGGGGAGGCAAGGGCUGAAGCUGUCUUCAAGGACUGCCCGACCCUUCAGUUGGCAGCAGGAUGGGGAGUGGGAUUCCCAGGGUGUCAGGGCUAGCCUUGACCACUUGCUGCGUUUGCUCCUGGCGGGCAAAGCUAGCUCUUUCGUGGUCUUCAGGGAAGGUUUUGAAACAGGAUAGGGUCCCCUCCCUUCCUCCAGAGCCACUGUGUCAGGGUGGAAACAGAAGUAAGGAUGUGUGCCCUGGAGCGGGCAUGGCCAGGCCACUGCCUCCUUGCAGUACAGAAUCCUUGCCCUCGUCCCAGGCACUGGCUCUGGGUCCUGCGCCUGCUCUCAGGGGCUCAGCCUUUCCCAAGGGCCCUGGCAGAGGGUGGGGCACCGCACCAUACCCCACCCAUCUGCGCCAGCCCUUCUGCACUCGCACUCGGAAGGGCCACUCUCCUCCCUCUGGCGGGCGCUCUUUGGCCUCACUGUGACCUUCCUGCCAGAGCUCCCAGCCAGGCCUACUCUCGCUGAGGUGGCACUCCCUGCUAGGGCCUUCCAGGCCCUCUCUGCCCUCCCUCCCACCCCACAUGCUGAGCCGCCACAAAGACCAAAGAAGUGAUGGCUUUUCUAGUCCCCUGCUGCUCUGGGGGGAGGGGGUGGGUCUCCUGAGCCACUCAGAUGGGAAAGCCCCUAACUCAGCCCCCUCCCUCCUCAGCAGCCUGAGCUUUACACUGGAUGCAGCAGUCACCCCACCACUCACCAAGCCUCCCUCUUUACCCCCUUGGCUCUCAGCUCAGGGGCUGCUCCCGGUAGUUGGUUCAGCCUUCCUCCCCUCUCCCUCCCCUUUCAGCGCUCACUUGGCUCCAGCCCUCCAGCUGCAGCCUCUGGAGAGAAGCGGCCUCCCUCCCUCCCUCCCUCCCUCCACCCUGUCUCUGCCAGGUGCCUCCUCUCAGUCAGGCUUCAGAGAAGCCCUGGAGACGGGAGGACCAUGUUAAAAGCUUUUUCACAGUUUUAAGAAGAUGAGGGGUAUGAAGGGUGGUGAGGAUAGUGGUGGGGGGUCUGGCACCAUCUAGUCAUUGCUUUAAUCCCAGCAACACAGGUGGCAGCUCCUCCCCCUUCCUCUCCACCCCAUCCACCCCUCUCUUCUAGCUUGGUAAUGAAGUAUAUUUAUUGGUGAAGGAAACAGCUGCUGCUGCUUCUCCUGCUGCUGGGACUUGCUCCCCAUCUCUUCUCCAAGACCUUUCUCCAGCCGGGAGGGGAGAGCGGGAGCACUGGGGCUGGGCCCUGGGGCCCAAGGACCAGCAGGGGCCCCUUUGCUUUCCUGUGUUCGAGCCACGCCAUUUCCUCUCUCCCUGCCUCCCACCCUCCUCCCUGCCUCCUGCCCCUGCCUGCCCAGCCUGGGCCCUGCAGUGUGGAGAGACACAUAAGCCUUACUGUCCUCUGGGGGCAGGAGCCGAGCCUUUUUGUUGCUCCGCUCCCAGGAGAGUGAGGGUGACGCAAUUGAUUAAAACCAUUUUGUUCUAGG